CAUUUGUUCAUCAACCGUCAAAAUGGCAACUAUGUUUUAUCACGUUUUUACCAAUCCCGAAUUUCGAGCAGCUGCUCAAUUUGAACACGAGAUAAAGGAGCAUGCAAUAUGCAAAUCCGACGUAAGAUUAGAUGGUAAAGUUGCUCUUGUUACUGGAGGAACUUCUGGAAUAGGGAAAGAAUGUGUAAGAGAGUUCGUGCGAAGGGGCGCAAAAGUUAUUUUACCUUGUAGAUACAGACCGAAAGGUAAAGCUGCGAAAGAAGAAAUUGAAAACGAUACUGGCAAGUUCGGUCAAGUAAUUCUUAUGGAUUUGGAUUUAUCGUCGAUGAAAAGUGUACGAAAAUUUGCUGAUCAAUUUAACAAACAGGAGAGUAGGCUAGAUAUCUUAAUAAAUAAUGGCGGCAUAAUGAAAGCAUUGAACACUCAUACAAGUGAAGGUUUUGAAACUAUUAUUGCAACAAAUUAUCUUGGUCACUUUCUUCUCACGCACCUAUUAAUGGAUCUAUUGAAGAAAAGUGCUCCAAGUAGAAUAAUAAACGUUUCUUCUUCGGCUCACUUUUCUGGAACAGAUAUGAUGUUUAAAGAUUUUCAUAUCAAAUCAGGUUGUUUUGGACCUUCGAAUUUUUAUCUCUAUUGCAGAAGCAAAGCGGCUAACGUUAUGCACGCAAGACAAUUGCAAGAACUUUACGGAAGUACUAUAUUUCUUUCAUUAAUAAAACUUCAUGAUCAUUGCUGCUCAUUUAAACAAUUAUUUCCAUAGACUUAGGCGUAACAGCGUAUAGUUGCCAUCCAGGUACAGUCCAUACAGAAAUUACGCGAUACUAUACAUUUCUUAAUGACUUUUCAAGCUACAUUCUCUUUAAGGUAAUUUUAUAAAGAUGACAUACCGUUUAAUCUCUUAAUACUAUCAUAAUUCUAAUUUUCUUUUUAAAUUAGUAGAUAUGGUAAAAGUACUGUUAUAGUAUUUAACAUACUAACUAUCAGUGUUAUAUAGCACUAUUGUUUUAUCCGUUAGCAUGACUAAGCUCUUUGAAGAGCUAAAUAUAUAAAAAGUUUAGAUAGAUAAUUAACUUGUAACAUUUCAAUUCAAUUUUUAAAAUAUAUAAUUUAUCUUUUUUAAACAGACUCUUGAUUGUUGGAAUCCAAUGGUGCAAAUUGGUAAAACACCUAAACAAGGCUCUCAAACUCCUCUAUAUUGUAGCUUGCAAAGAGGCUUAGAAUCGAAAGCAGGCAGAUAUUUUGUAGAAUGCGAGGAGUACGAGAUGUCAAAAUUGUGUAAUGAUGACAAAGCUUGCAAAGUCUUAUGGGAUUUCACCAAAAAAGAACUUGGAAUCGAAUAAGUCAGUGCACCCUUCAUGAACUGAUACAUUUUUUUUUCUUUGCAAUGAUCGUACUUGCUGAUCUAAUAAGAAGAUACUUUAUCAUUUUUAUAUCAUUCUAAGACAUUAUAGUCAUAUAACAAAAUUAUCGAACUAAUUCGUUGCGUAGAGGUUUCUAUUGAUGAAUAAACACUAUUAGUUUAGAAAUAAAUGCAUGACUGGCUCCGCAAG